AUGGCUUAUGGUGCAUGUGUCUAUAUUAGAAGCUGCGAUAAAUUUAAUAAUUGCACAGUUCGAUUUUUGACUUCUAAAGCACGGGUAGCUCCCUUGAAAAAGAUUUCUAUUCCAAGAUUGGAACUUUGUGGUUCCCUCGUACUUAGUCAGUUGGUAAAAAAGGUAAUCGAUUCCCUACAGUUGACUUUCAAUGAAUUAUAUUUUUGGACUGACAGUACUGUCGCAUUAGCUUGGAUACAGUCUUGCCCCAGUAGAUGGAAAACUUUCGUCGCGAAUAGAGUUAGCGAAAUACACGAAAACGUUGGAAAGGGUAACUGGUACCAUAUCGCCGGCACUGAGAACCCAGCUGACAUAUUGUCGCGAGGUUUAGAUCCAAAGUCAUUGAGAGAUAGUCAGUUGUGGUGGGGCGGUCCCACUUGGUUGGAACUUCCAAUUUCCAAUUGGCCUAUAAAUGAUAAAUAUGAAGUCGUAAACGAAAAUUGUAUUUUGGAAGAAAAAACAGUAAGUUUAAUAGCGAUCAAUAAAAAAGAUUCGGGUUUUUUAUCCGCGUAUUCGAGUUUUUCGAAAUUGCGCCGAAUAGUGGCUUAUUGUCUGAGAUUUUGUUAUAAUUUGAGAAAUAAAAAUAAUAAGAAUCUGGGAAAUUUGACUAAACUCGAAAUUUGGAACGCUACUGUUGCAAUUUGUAAAUUCGUGCAAAAAGAAAAAUUUUCAGUAGAACUCGCUGCUUUAAACAAAAAUCAAAAUAUACCAAUUAAAAGUAAAUUGUUACCUCUCAGUCCUUUUUUGGAAAAUGGUGUAAUAAGAGUGGGAGGCAGAAUAAAAAAUUCUGAUUUUGACUACGCGAAAAAGCACCCUAUUUUAUUACCCAAAGGUCGCAUAACGAAAAUGAUAAUUUUGAACGAACAUGAACGAUUGUGUCACGCUGGCACGCAGGCCGUUCUUGCAUCGCUCAGAGAGUUGUUUUGGCCGAUUUCAGGGCGCAGUCAAGUGCGUCAAGUAAUACGUAAAUGUAUAAAAUGCUAUCGCGCAAAUCCGAGAACAGCUGUUUCUUAUAUGGGUGAUCUUCCAUCAUCGCGCGUGCUUCCAACUCGACCGUUUUUGCGGACCGGAGUUGAUUACGCGGGUCCGUUCGCCGUAAAGGAUCGGAAAACUCGUGGUGCAAAAACAACAAAAGCUUAUGUUUGCUUAUUCGUGUGCUUUUCUACUAAAGCAAUUCAUUUAGAAUUGGUAGGUAGUUUGACGAGCGAAAAUUUUAUAGCUGCAUUGCGACGCUUUGUUGCACGCAGAGGGAAACCAUCCGAUAUUUAUUCGGAUAAUGGUACCAAUUUUGUUGGCGCUAAGAAGGAGCUCGCGGAAAUGGCAGAAUUUUUAGUAAAUGAAAAAUCUACCAUAAUUUCAUCAGUAGUCGAGUUAAGUAUUCAAUGGCAUUUUAUCCCUCCUCGGUCUCCACAUUUUGGGGGUUUGUGGGAGGCGGGCGUGAAAACAGUAAAAAAUCAUAUGAAAAAGGUUCUCGCUAAUGCUUGUCUGGUAUAUGAAGAUUUUUAUUCUAUUCUGGUUCAGAUAGAAGCGUGCGUGAAUUAA